CGGAUUUUCUACUCAUCGUCGUCAUUAUCUGCCGGAGAUUUUUUUGGGUGGCAGCGGGUGCGAUGAUCGCAGGAGCAGUCAGCGAAUGGAGGCACAUUGCGAGCGAUGCAGAGUGGGUUCUGAGUGGUGAAUGGGGAGCCACCCUAUGUAAAAAGAGAAACCAGCCAGAAGUUCCUUUCACAAGGGGGUGGCUGUUACACCACGACCUACAGCAAAUGGUAUAAAAGCGCCAGGCAAUGCGCCUCGCCAAGUCUGCUUGUCCUUGUUUCUGUUUGCUGGCUCUUUCUCCUUUCCCCGCAAAGCUACUAUUUUCCCCCUCGACGCAAGGCUAUUCCUACAGUCACUUACUACUAAUGCCCGCCACACCGACUUCCGCAAAGUACACUCUGCGUAUCCGUCCUCAGGCCACGCUUGGCGUGGACAAGGCCACAGGCCGCAUCAUCGGCGUCACAGAUAAUGCCAGUCAGAGUGCAGCCGAGCUCGUAGGCUCGUGGACCGGCGCCCCUGUUUCCGAGACCGAGAUCGAGCAGGUCUCACUGCAGGCGGACCAGUUCCUGAUGCCUGGACUGAUUGAUACACACACGCACGCGCCACAGUUUACGUUCCUGGGGAUUGGGCAUGAUCUGCCACUGAUGGACUGGCUGAACAAGUACACAUUCAAGCACGAGAGCGAGUUCAAGGACACGGACAAGGCACGUGAGUUCUACUCGCAGGUGAUCGACCGGACGGUGCGCAACGGCGUGACGUUUGCGGCAUACUACGGAACGAUCCACCUGGAGGCCAACAAGAUCCUGGCCGAGACGAUCCGCACCAAGGGCCAGCGCGCGUACGUCGGCAAGGUCUGCAUGGACGCGAACUCGCCCGACUACUACUCGGAGUCGACCGAGGACAGCAUCGAGGUGACCGAGGACUUCAUCAAGCAUGUGCUGGGCGACCAAGCCGAGCACCGCCUGUACGGCCUGCCGAUCCAGUCGCAUUUGUGCGAGAACCCGAGCGAAAUCGAGUUCGCAAAGUCGUGCUUCCCCGAGUGCAGGUCGUACGCAGGCAUCUACGAUGCCUUCGAUCUGUUCACCAGCAGGACGAUCAUGGCCCAUUGCGUGCAUAUGUCCGAUGAGGAGCUCGCGCUGAUGCGCAGCCGCGGCGUUGGCGUCAGCCAUUGCCCGAACUCCAACUUCACGCUGAGCAGCGGAAUCGCCGAUGUGCGGCGCUUCAUCAAGGAGGGCAUCCCGGUUGGCCUGGGUACCGAUGUCAGCGGCGGAUACACGCCGUCAAUGCUGGAUGCCAUGCGUAUGGCCGCUGCGGCCAACCGUGCGCUGACUGCGCUCAAGCGUGACCGCGGUGACAAGCUGGAGGGCCGUGACGCUGUGCCUCUGGAGGCAGCCGAGGCUGUGUUCCUGGCUACCCAGGGCGGUGCCAGGGUCAUGGGCAUGGAUGACGAGCUGGGCAGUCUGGAGCCCGGAAAGCUGUUUGAUGCGCUGGUAGUCGACCUUAGCACCCCGCUGUCGCCGGUCCCGUCCAUCGCGUCCACGCCGGCGCAGUUUGUAUUCCUGGCCGACGACCGCAAUGUUGCCCAGGUCUACGUCAAUGGCAAGCAGAUUCACAGCAGCACCUAAUUGUUAUUUCUCUAUCUAUAAUGUAUUGUGAUUUCUUCUUAAUGCAGAAUCUGCACAUCGGGG